AUGCAAAAAGAUAUUCUACCACUGGGAAUUACGCCGGAUCAAUUCCAGCAACUCAAAACGCAGGCAUUGAAGGCCCGCGAGCUUUCUUACAGCCCUUACUCGCGGUUCAGGGUCGGCUGUUGCAUUCUAACCAAGACCGGUGAUUUUGUCGUUGGAGCCAAUGUUGAGAACGCAAGCUACGGAGGCGCAAUUUGCGCAGAGCGCACAGCUAUAGUAAAGGCGGUCACAUCGGGACAUAGAGGUGAAUGGCGGUGUUUGGCGAUCAGCGGCGACUCACUUGAUUCAUGUAUCUCGCCGUGCGGGAUUUGUCGCCAAGUGAUCCGGGAGUUUGCGCCGCUGCAGUUGCCAGUGGUGAUGUUCAACGGUGACGGCUCUAAAUACGUUGUCAAGACGGUUCAGGAACUGCUGCCUCUAAGUUUCGGUCCAGAAGACCUACGCACUUGA